AUGAAAGUAAGCUAUCUUAUUAUAUUGUCUGUGGUGUAUGUAUUUUCAUAUCCUCUUGAGCUCAUAAAGGAUUUCAUUCUAGAUGCCCACUUGAAAAUUGUGGGUAAUCCUAUUGAAAAUCCUGAAUGUCUUGACGUCGACCAACUGGACGCUAUAAUAAACAACUUCUACAAGCUCGUAGGCGAAUUUAAUGAAAAUAUUUUACCUGAAUCCCUUAAUGGGCAGUUAUGGCUUCUAAUUCCUUAUGAAUUGCUCUAAGCCAGCUUUUUUAAGCUAAAAUUAAAGAAAAUCUAAUUUUUUAAAUUUCUAUUGCCUUAUCUCUAUUUAACUAAAAGAAUUAUGGUCUAAUCUAUAGUAGUGGAUUAACUAUAAAUACUCUUAUAACAAGUCUUUCUUCAACCCUUUCCAACCGCAACUUUGAGGCUUUUCUUCUGUCUAUUGAUAAUUCGUUAAAUGACUCGCAUGAGCUAUUCUCAGAACUUCACUUGACCCCAUCCCCGUUCUCUUCAACACUUUAUGCUUUUAUAUCAUCAAUAAAGCAAUCAGAUUUUCAAUCUGCCGAACAGCAGUUUCUUGACCUCUUACAAUCAGCCUUUAUCUCUCAAAGAAAAAUAAUCCAGCAAUUAGAAUUAACCUCAAGCCAAUCAUACUACCUAGAGCAAUUCUAUCGAGGAAUAAUAAAAGGCCUACAACCCCCUACAGUAAAUUUUGGGAAUUGUUUUUUUAUUUAAAAUUUCUGCCAUUUUUUAACAUUUCAGUAAUUAUAAUUAAUAGAGCAGUCAAGAUAAUUAAGCUAAUAAAGGCUAAAAAUUGUUUUUACAUAUUAGACUAUUAUCCUCAAAUGUGCUAUAGAGCUCUUUUGCAUUUUGAUUUAUGCAUAUUCCUUCGGAUACUUUGUGAAGAUUCUAAAACUUUUUUCAAAAUAUGGGAAAAUUCAACAAACAUGAUGGCGAUGAAUUGCAAGUUUGGCGAAAUGAUCGGAACAAUUUUAAAUAUGACAAGUAAAAAUGGAAUUUCGUUGACAAUUAUGAACUAUAAAGAGAAUAUGGAUGAAAUCAAUGAUUAUGCUAAAAAGUUUAUCUCUGCUUCAGGCCCGUUUGAUAUUGGGUACUAUCCAGGAUCUUACCUUAAAUUAGUUACCUAUUGAGAAAAUCCUGUAAUCUUAUAUCCGCCCAACACCCUUCGCCUAUUACCCAGUUCAUGCGCGAGAUCGCAAAAGAUUGCUCCUGCCUGUAAUACUACCAGACAGUUAAGUCACCGUGCUAUACGGCCAGUCCCUGCUCACCCCAUGGGAUGCUAGCUACAGGAGUUAAGAGGUUUGGCUCGCCACGCCAUUUUAAUGUAUGCACUAUCCAGCAUCAAUAUUUCGCUUAUUAACCGGCUUUACCAUUAGUUAA